AUGCAGUUGGGCAUUUGGUCGCUGCGGUUGGAAGGUUGGCCGCUGCGGUUGGACGGUUGGCCGCUGUUUUUGGACAGUCAGCCGUUGUGGUCGUGCGAUGAACUGCUGCCUUUGGUUGGCCACCCGCUGCUGCUGGGUGGUCAGCCACUGUGGCUGGGCAUUCAGCCGCUGCUUUUGGAAUUUCAGGCACUGGUUUUGGGCAGUCAGCCGCUGCUACUGGAAGGUCAUCUGCGGAUGCUGGAAGUUCAUUCGCUGGUGUUGGAUGGUACCUCCAACAUGACAAGGAGUGUAAGCGAGGAUAAGCAGUCAGUGACUCAAGUCAAAAAAGGACAAUGUACAGGAAACAUUGAACGACUUCUCAGCAGGCUUCGCCUUCAAGACAAAAAAACAAAGAUGUCACCAGCAGACUUACUUAAAAUAUGUCCUCCUGUGAAACAGAUCCAUGACACAUCUGAGAAAGAUCUAGCGCGUACAUUUCUUCAGAAGUUAUCAAUGCUGGACUAUCGAGCCAGAUAUAUUCCUGUAAGACAAGACAAUGCUGAUGUGAGCUAUUCACAAACUGUUACGAUUUCUGACAGUGAUGACUUAGAUGCUCUAUUUAGCACCAGUGUAGACUCCCAAUCAAAAGAGUGUCAUGUGCAUCCAAUGGAUGUUCAGAUGGCAGUAUUUCACUGCUCAGACAGUUUUCUGAAGCAGAACAUAAUUACAAAGCUAUCACAGUGUCAGUACGCCUUACCUUUGCUCGUCCCUGACCCAGUCACUAUGGAUAUUGAAUGUCCUCUGUGGACAUUCAGGCAGAUAACAAAAACAUGGAAGAAAACUAAAAUCAAGGGUGAUUCAAAUGCCAUCACCAUGAAGACAAUGCCCAUUUGCAAAGCUGAGACACCCAUGGUGUUUUUCUUCCGCCUGGGUUCACUUCCAGUGUCAAAAUCUCAGCUCAUGAACACUGUGAUCAAUGACCGUCACAGCACCUUCUUCCAUAGAAAUUGUCCAGGUAGCACCAAAUCUCGCCUGCUGAUGGAUGGUGUGGCAGAGAUUGCCUGGUACUGUCCAGCCGGAAAACCCAAUGACUCCUUUACUGACUGCAUUGCCUUUUGUAAUCUUCAUGGUGAUGCUCUGUCAUUUGAAAAACAGUGUGAGAUACUGACAGAAAAAUCAUCAGUUAAUGUUGUUCUUGUGAGAACUCUGGAAAAAGGCCAGAAAGGUACUACAGUCAUCUCAGACCUUUACAGGUCACCAAAGCCUCUCAUUAUUCUCGUUGCUGAUAAUGAUGGUAGUGCAGUUCAAGUCAAAGAUGGAAAAUACAAAGUGGGUCUGAAAGACAGAAGCCAGUCAGAUGUUUCUGAAGAACUGAAAGGAAUUAUCAGAAAGAUUUUAUAUGAACCUGAUAAUACAUCCUUCCAGCUUGAAUCCAUGGCCAAAGUCCCUGGAGUCAGAGUGGAUGAAGAUGAUGAAGUCUGUCAAAAAGGGAAGUCUGCUGCACUGAAAACAGUUAAUAUGCUUCAAGGGAUGGAAAUUUCAAAGAUCAAAGAUACAUUUCUACCUUGUCAAGGCGACCUGUGGCAUGAGUGGUGUAAAAUAAAUAAAGAGCUGUAUCACCUUAAAGGACACAUUGAGAAGGAAAAAAGUCAUAAGCAACAGCAACUGAUGCAAAUAAGACAAAAUCAAUGCAAAGCUUCAUGUAGUGAACUGAUGAAGUCAUUCACAGAAAGCCUCUUGUCUUUGCCAUCAAAACAGAAGGAGUAUUUCCUGAAAUGGACUCAGAUCUUAAUAGAUGCCCUAUCCACAGAUGAUCUCUCUUCAAUUCUCCAAAGCUAUGAUGAAAAGUGGACUGAAGUCUUGACUCUGAAAAAGAAACACGACAAAUCUGAUCUGUUAACAACCAAACAAACAGAGCUUGAACAAAUAUCCAAAACACUGCAGUCUGCAACGUUUGGCUUGGAGCACAUCUUCAGAGAAAUGGGACAGAUCUAUGAAGCCCAUAGAGCAGUACAAAUACAGAAUAAACUGACUGCCUGGUCUAAAUAUCCAAAGUUGGCUGCAGAUCUGAUGAUUUCAGGACACCCAGUGGAGCUGAUGGAUGGUGAUGCAGGUCAUGUGCCUCUAACAUGGAUCUCCAGUCUUAUAAAGGAACUGAUUAAAAAACUAGGUGACCAGAGAGUUUUUGUGUUGUCAGUUUUGGGCCUACAAAGCAGUGGAAAAUCAACAAUGCUGAAUGCCAUGUUUGGAUUACAGUUUGCAGUGAGUGCAGGCAGGUGCACCAAAGGUGCCUUCAUGCAGCUGGUCAAAGUGUCAGAGGAAAUCAAGAAAGACUUCCAGUUUGACUAUUUUCUAGUGGUGGACACUGAAGGACUACGGGCUCUUGAGCUGGCAGGAAAUGCUACUCUUCAUCACGACAAUGCACUAGCAACAUUUGUUGUUGGCCUAGGGAGCUUGACACUGAUCAACAUCUUUGGUGAGAAUCCAGCUGAGAUGCAGGAUGUCCUGCAGAUUGUUGUUCAGGCUUUCAUGAGGAUGAAGAAAGUUAAACUUUCUCCGAGUUGUGUGUUUGUUCACCAGAAUGUGACAGAUAUCGCAGCUGCUGAGAAAAACAUGGAUGGGAAAAGACGCCUGCAAGAAAAACUGGACCAGAUGGCUCAGCUAGCUGCUAAAGAGGAGCUGUGUGAUGCUGAGUGCUUCAGUGAUAUCAUUGACUUUGAUGUGCAAAAAGAUGUGAAAUACUUUGCCCAGUUAUGGGAGGGAAGUCCACCGAUGGCUCCUCCAAAUCCAGGCUACAGCGAGAGCAUCCAAGAGCUGAAGAACAUCAUCCUGUCUAAGGCUAAAUGCUCUGCUGGGAUCACUCUCUCACAUUUUAACAGAAAGAUACAAGACCUGUGGAAAGCCCUGAUGAAUGAACAAUUUGUCUUCAGUUUCAAAAACACAUUAGAAAUUGCAGUUUACAGAAAACUUGAGGUUGAGUAUGGAAACUGGACCUGGGCCCUGAGGAGCAACAUGCUGGCGAUUGAAAACCAGCUUCAUACCAGAAUUGAAAAUGGAGAACUUGACAAGGUUGAGCGUAGUGAUCUUUUCAAAGCGAUGAGUGAAAAAUAUAAAGAAGUAGAAAAAGAUAUGUCAAAGUACUUUGAGGAUGACAGAGACAAAGAAAUGUUGGUUCAGUGGAGAGGCCGAUUUGAAAACAAAAUAAAGGAGUUCCAAGAGGAACUGGUGAGAGGAGUGGAAAGAAAACUGGAUGAAGUUAUUCAGCAGAAGAAAGCUUGUAAAAAGCUGGAUGAUAAGAAGACCGAAUUUGAGAACAAGCUGCUGCAAAAGAGUAAAAAGCUUGCUCAUAAGUUAAAAGACAAAGCAAAAAAUGAAGAGGAACUUAAAAAACGUUUCAACUCAGUUUGGGAUUACUGGGUAAAAGAGUUAACUGCAGAUGCACAACCCAUUCAGGACAUCAAGCUGGAUGACGAUCAGGCAAAUAUCCUUAAUGACCUUGGUUUUGAAUGGAAUCUCAUAUUUGAAUGCAAAAAAAAUGGCAGAUACAAAAAAAUAUCUGAGGUUGGCAAUUAUUCUGAUUAUAUAGUCCUUGGCAAGCACCAAGAUACAACAGGAAAAGGGCUUGCCAGCCAAGUGGCUACAUUUUUUGAACAUGAAGACCAGGAAAUGAUAAGAUCCCUCAUAAACAGUGUUGAAAAACAGUCUCUUGAUGCCAUUAUGAGCAAGCCUGUAGCAACAAGAGGCUACAGUUCAACUUACUUACAAGAAGUGGCUAAAACAGUUCAGGACACAGUGACAGAGUUUGAAUCAAAUAAGAAAUGUGCUUUCAAGAAGGAGUUCAGAGUUGACCUGUUACUGUAUGUAUUUGACACUGCUUGCAGUUGGCUUUCACAGUCUCACAAAAAAUACAAAACGAGCAAUGAUGCACUCACUUACUUGGAAAGCAAAAAAACACAAUACUACAACAUUUUCAGCAGCUUUUGCAAAGGAAACUCAUCUGCUGUUGUGUUUGGAGAAAUGAUCUGUGAAAAACUGAAGGUUUCUAUUGUUGAAGCGGUCUGUAACAAAGUUGCCAUUGAUCUCGCUGGAGAGAUGAGGUGCACUUUCCCAGCAUUCAAUGGGAACAGACUGAACUUAGAGAAACAUUUGUUGAAGUCACUUGCAGAGAACGAGGACUUUGAUGCUUUCAUCACCUACAUUCGAAAUCCGAGGAAACAAGUAGAAGCUUUUAUCAAAGAGAAAGUAAACACAUACAUGCUUGGAGAGCAUAAAGAUAAAGCACUAAGUAUACUCAGGAAAAAUGUGGAGGACAUCAACAAACUUGUCAUUCAAGCUUUAUUUGACACAACAAAAAAAGUCAAAACCCAGAGAGGAGACACAGACAUGUGGGCAACGGAGUUUUCUAGUCUCCUCAGUGAUAAACUGACUCUUGAUGCCAUCUCUUGUCAAAACUUCAAGGACAUAAAAAAUUUUGACUUCCUUCAAGAAACGAUUGAGAAAGGCCUUGUGUCCAUCACAAAGAUGAUAAGCCAGCUUUCGCUGGAUAAGAUGAAGGAAUUCAGACUGAGACCUGAUCAAAUCCUCAUCGAUCAGCUGUGUAACUGCUGCUGGGAAACCUGCCCGUUCUGUGCAGCUGUUUGUACCAACACUAUUAAAGAUCACAGUCCUGAAGACCACAGUGUCCCCUUUCAUCGAUCUCAAGCAAUCAAUGGUUGGCACUACAGAAACACUGAGAUAUUGUGUGUUGAGUUUUGUACAACCCAAGUUGCAAGUGAAGGAAGUUUUUAUCCUUGCCACGACUCAAAUCAUACCAUUCCUUUUAAAAAAUACAGAACUGCUGGACCACCAUAUGAAAACUGGAGCAUUACCCCUGAUGAGUCUAAGCUCAAGUAUUGGACAUGGUUUGUGUGUCAGUUUCAGGAGAAACUCGAAAACCACUAUGGUUUAAAAUUCACACAGCAUGGUGAGAUUCCCAGUGAGUGGAAAAUGCACGAAAAAAAAGAGGCUAUUCAAAGUCUGGAUGAAAUGUACAGUACAAACUGA